AGCGUAUUUUUGGUCUACGAUUGCACAGCUGUGUCCAAAUCGGCAAACCAAGCGUUCCACUCCUCAGUGUCUAGUUCGUUAUCUAUUGCGUCUUUCAUCCCCGAUGACAAUAAUUGUCACUUUAGUGUUUUGGUCUAUAGUUUCAGGCUUAAAUCUCAGUAGAUCUCCACUUGUGGUGAAGUCUGUCUACCUCACGUUUAUUCUGAGACUGUCGACAUUUUGUGCUGCGGAACUGAUCUCACAAUUGCAUGAAUUGAAAGACAUGAAGAAGAGCCUUCACUCAGCGCACCUGUAUACUAUCUGUUUGUGAUAUCCAUAACAGUUUGGACUGUGCUUAUUAAAAAAACAACUAAAAGGAAUUAGAAAAAAAGAAUGGCGGCAGGAGGAGCGAUACAGAAGGCCAUCGAUCUGGUUACUCGCGCAACGGAAGAAGACAAGAAAAAGAAUUACUCGGAAGCAUUGCGUCUGUAUCAGCACGGUGUAGAGUAUUUUCUGCACGCCAUUAAGUACGAGACAAAUGGCGACAAGGCCAAAGAAUCAAUUCGAGCAAAGUGUACCGAAUACUUGGAGAGGGCUGAAAAGCUGAAGGAAUAUCUGAAAAAGGACAACAAAAAGAAGGCUGUCCCCGCUGGAGAUCCGGGCUCAAAUAAGGAUGAUAAGGACAAAGAGGAUGACGAUGAGGAUUCGGAAUAUAAGAAACUGACAAAAGGCCUGGAAGGUAAAGUGCUCGUGGAGAAGCCGGAUAUUAAAUGGGACGAUGUGGCCGGCCUGGAACUGGCCAAAGAAUCCCUCAAGGAAGCCGUCAUUUUGCCCAUUAAAUUUCCCCAUUUAUUCACUGGGAAACGCACCCCGUGGAAAGGUAUUCUCCUCUGGCCCCCGGGAACGGGUAAAUCCUACCUAGCCAAAGCUGUCGCCUCCGAGGCCAACAAAUCCACCUUCAUUUCCGUAUCCAGUGCUGACCUGGUCAGCAAAUGGCUGGGUGAGUCAGAGAAGCUGGUCAAGGGCUUGUUCGAGCUGGCCAGGGCCAAGAAGCCUUCCAUCAUCUUUAUUGACGAGAUUGACUCACUCUGCAGCUCGAGAAGUGACAAUGAGUCGGAAUCAGCACGCCGUAUCAAGACCGAAUUUCUCGUGCAGAUGCAGGGCGUGGGUAACAAUUCGGAAGGUAUCCUUGUUUUGGGCGCCACGAAUAUUCCAUGGGUAUUGGAUGCCGCUAUUCGGCGUCGUUUCGAGAAGAGAAUUUACAUUCCGCUGCCGGAUGAGGGAGCCCGUACCGAUAUUUUCAAGUUGAACAUGGGUAACACCAAGUGCGACUUGUCAGAAGGCGACUUCCGUCAGCUGGGCGCUAUGACCGAUAGGUAUUCUGGAGCGGAUAUCAGCAUUGUGUGUCGGGAUGCCCUUAUGCAGCCCGUGCGUAAAGUACAAACCGCUACUCAUUUUAAGAAAGUUAAAGGACCCUCGCCCGGUGAUCCGAAUAAAAUUGUCGAUUUGUAUGCACCAUGCAGUCCGGGAGAAAGAGGCGCCGUUGAAAUGACGUUCCUGGAUGUUCCCGGAGAUCAGUUGUUGGAGCCGCAUAUCACAAUGAACGACAUGGUGCGCUCCAUUUCCCAAACCAAACCCGCCGUGACCAGCCAUGAUUUGCUGAAACUUGAAGAAUUCACCAGCGAAUACGGGCAGGAAGGAUCUUGAGCCAGGGUGGACAAACUGUUUCUUAUAAUUUUUUAUUAUGUUUCGGCUAUGAAAUUCUGCGGAUUGUGAUACGUGUCAGAGGACUUGCGGGUAAUCAGAUGACAGCUGGUAAGCUUUCCUCUAAUUGUCGCUUUAACACGAUUUAAUGCUUCUACCGCUUGUUCUCUUUAGUGUGGCUCUUUCUGCAUGAUUUUUUUCAUAUUACUGUUUUUGUUAGUUUCAGAAAUAUUGCGCAGUUUGACGUAGAGCUCGUUAGUUACGUACGUUUUCCAGUAUGGCGUUCUGCUGUAUUUUAAAAUUAUGAAUUUUAGCGGCGGUUAAAUACAUUCUGACUUGCGUAAUAUUGUCAAAACUGCGGUU